AACGUGUUUGUAAACAACAUAGUAAUGUCAGCUGUCCUUCGGUACUUGGACGGUACCAACGAACGAAAUUGCAUAAUUUAAUAAUGCCAUUAAAUGUUUCACGGGAGGAAGUCUUCACGUCAUAUGAACACGAAGUCCAGAAACUUCGUCGUCUAGGAAAAGAAUUGAGACUCACAGAUAUUGACAUAGAUGAAAUCAUUCAUCAUUCUUUCCACUUGUUACAGGGUCACCACAUGAAGACUGAAAAUGUGAAGUCUUCCAGUGAUAAAAUUCCAACAAAGUCAGUGCGUUCCAUUUAUUCUUUUCAGCUUAUCGUAAAAAUAAUAGUUAUUGUGUUUCUGACUUUAAUAGUUGCUUGUUUUUUUAUUACUUAUCAUAAGCCUACAUAUAACCUGGUUGUCAGGAAUGUUCAAGAAUUAAUAUACCCUAUCAUGAAAUGCUUAAGAAGAAUAACGCUGCCAGUUGUUAGAGCUUUACCAUCGGUUACAGUGUGGUAUGAUGAAAUGUGUCUCAUUGAGAACCCUUAUUUCCGAGCCACUGAUUUGAACUGCUGGGCAUGUGAAGGUGUCCGAAGUGUGCUUGAUCUUUCAGAGAUGCACAAUCCAAGAGAUUUUCAACCACACACAGGUUUUCCUUACAUUGUUAAGGGUGCUACAGCAGAAGUCAGUUAUGGUACACUGGAACAAAUGUAUGAAAGCAAUAGGCAUUUAAUUGAUAGAGAUGCAUAUAGAAUCUCGAGUACUGUUCCUGAGUGGAAGUCAGUAGCAGACCUGAUGCAGUAUAGUUUAGGAAAGAACCCAACUACAAACCAAGAUGCUCAUAUUGAAUGGAGAGUGAAUAGAUUGGAGCCAGCGAGAUUACUGCGACAGCUAUUUCCUCGUCCUUCGUUCAUCCCCAAUACUGUUAAUAUGGAGAGGUUCAUAUUGAUAGAUGAACCAAAAGCACCACAGUACAAAUUGCCUUUUCCAGAAGGCUACAGGGUGUUCAUAAUGCAAGGAAGUGGGCAGCGUCUAUUGAUACUGGAGCCUGUAGAGGGUUGCAACAUCAACUGUACCAGAGUGUCUGUCCUUUUGAAGCCAUCUGAUUUUUUGUACUACAACAGUUGGUUCUAUCGACCCAAGAGCACUCCCGUUGCAAACAGUACUACUAUUAGUGUGAGUUACAUUGGCUCCCUUUAAAGUAAUGGCUGUGUUAAAACAUGUAGCUUCCUUCCAUAACGGAAUUAUAUCUUUUUAAAUGAAUUUUGGUAAUGUUUAGCUGUGUAAAAUAUUUAGUGCAUAUUGACGGUUGUGCAGCAUUGAGGUAGAAAAGUUUUAUCACCUUUACUUUGCUUAUACCUACAGAGGGUACUGUUCAGCUGAAAUCUCAUAUUAGCUUCCAGAAUAAAAAGUAGAGUUGUAAGAUUUGAGGCUUUCACGGCGGUGACUAUGAAGAAAGCAGUCUUCUGGGAUUUGGCACCGUGUAUA